AUGCUCCUAAGUUCGACUACCAUUAUGGCGAAGGCGCUGGUGGCCGUGAAGCGCGUGAUCGACUAUGCCGCCAAGAUCCGCGUCAAGGCGGACGGGAGUGGAGUUGAAAAAGCCAGCGUCAAGAUGUCCAUGAACCCCUUCUGUGAGAUCGCAGUGGAGGAGGCAAUACGGUUGAGGGAGAAAGGGACGAUCAAGGAGGUGGUGGCUGUUAGCCUGGGCGUGCAGCAGUGCCAGGACACGCUUAGAACCGCUCUAGCAAUGGGAGCAGACAGGGCGGUACUGGUGAAGGUGGAUGCCGCAAGGGAGGAGGCGUUGGAGCCGCUGGUGGUGGCGAAGCUGCUCAAAGGGAUUGCGCUUAAGGAGACGGCUGAUAUGGUGUUCUUAGGCAAGCAGGCAAUAGACGACGACUGCAACCAGACAGGGCAGAUGCUGGCGGCGCUGCUGGACUGGCCUCAAGCCACCUUCGCCUCCAAGGUGGUGUUGGAUGCGGCAGCUCGCAGUGCGCAGGUCACCAGGGAGAUUGACGACGGACUUGAGACGGUCAGCCUCAAGCUGCCAGCUGUCAUCACCACCGAUCUACGGCUGAACGAGCCUCGGUACGCCACACUCCCCAACAUCAUGAAGGCAAAGAAGAAACCCAUCAGCAUCCUUGCCCCUUCAGACCUAGGCCUUGACCUCGCAGACCCGGCCACACGCAGAGUGCAGGUUGUGGGGGUGAGGGAGCCGCCUGCACGCGUGGGGGGACGCAUUCUAGGGAGUGUGGAGGAGCUGUUGGAUAAGCUCAAGAACGAGGCCAAGGUGCUGUAG